AUGUCUACUACUGCUACUACUCAUCAUCAACUUACAAUUAGAUCAACAGUCACUCUCACCAAUGGAGUAGAGAUGCCUCUCUUUGGUUUGGGAUGUUAUGAGGUUCCUGUUGAUGAUGUAAAGAAUGUGUUGAUCAGUGCAUUGGAUUGUGGAUAUAUAUCCAUUGAUACUGCCUCUGUAUACAAGAAUGAGGAAGCAAUUGGAAUUGUGCUUAGAGAGCUGUUUAGUACAGGUGCUCUAAAGCGUGAGGAUCUGUUCAUUACGACCAAAGCAUCAAGCUCCGAACAAGGCUAUGACAAAGCGAUGGAAGCUUGUGCAAACUCACUCAAGCGUCUUGGACUGGACUACGUCGACCUCUACCUUGUUCACUGGCCAGGCGUUGCUGGCAACCAGCCAACUGACCCACUCAACUCUACCACCCGUGCCGAGACCUGGCGCGCAUUCGAGACUCUGUACGAGCAGAAGAAGUGUCGCUCAAUUGGCGUCAGCAACUACACCAUCGCACAUCUCGAGGAGCUGUUCAAGCAAUGCAAGGUGAGACCAAUGGUCAACCAAGUCGAGUUCCAUCCAUUCCUCUACAACAAGGAGUUGAUGGACUUUUGCCAGAGCAACGGCGUGGCAUUGGAGGCAUACGCAUCAUUGGUCAGAACCAAGCAAGACUCUCUUCAAGACAAGGUAUUGGUAGAGAUUGCUACCAAGCUUCAGAAGACUCCAGCUCAGGUCUUGUUGAGAUGGGCAAUUCAAAAGAAUGUAAUCGUCAUUCCAAAGUCCGUCAAGACAGAGAGAAUCCAAGAGAAUGCCAACAUCUUUGGUUUUGUCGUCCCAGAUGAAGACAUGACCACUUUGGACAACCUCAAUUGCAAUCGUCGUGUCUGUUGGGAUCCAUACACCAUUCUAUAA